AUGUGCAGCCUGGCGCUGGGAGGACUGGGUAGCCGUUCUGGUGGACACUCCGCGAGCCCGGGGCCCUCCCCUGCGCCGGCCCGGGACGUACUGUUGUCCUCCGCCUCCUGCGGAGCGGAGGGCUUGCCCAUCUUCACCCAGAGGAUGCCCAGGAAGACGAGCAGCAGCCCCAGGCUAGCCCAGAACAGGAGCCGGGACAGGAGGGCUGAGGGCGGCCGUGCUGGGGUCGGGGUCGGGGUCGAGGCCCACCAGCGACGAACUCCGUGGCCCGGCGCAGCCCUGUCGAGCGGCCGGGCGUCCUCGUCCUCCUCGGAGCUGCCCCGGACAGAGCCGGGCCUCCUCCCGCUGCCGCUCCUCGCCCCGCAGCCGGGCCUCCUCCCGCUGCCGCUCCUCGCCCCGCAGCCGGGCCUCCUCCCGCAGCCGCUCCUCGCCGCGCAGCCGGGCCUCGCCCCGCAGGCGGCGCAGCUUGUUGCGGUAGACGUCCCGGGUGGUGUCGGUGAUGGGUCCUGGCUGGAAGCCCAGGGCCUGCAGCUCCCGCCGCAGCUCCAGGUCCGACAGGCCGGCCAUGGCCAGGACGCCGCCCCCCACCCGCCUCCCGCGCGCACCGCACCCGGAACUGCUCCCGCCGCGGCCGCGGCGGAGCGGGCGGGGCCCCGCGCCAUGAUGGGAAGGUCUGUAUGGGCCGCCAUGUUGAGAAGCCUUCCACAUCCUUCUCCAGCUUCCUGUCCCAGACGUUUGUGGCUGCCCUUGGCCUCAGGUCUGGGGCCUUUCCAUGUACCCUGCCCUGGAAAGGCCCGGUUCCAGUCUGUUCCAGUCCUGGCCCUUCUGUGGAUUGGUAGCCCCUCCGAUGCCCUCCACCCACAUCGUCUGCCAGGACGCCUUCAUCUACUCCUUGCUGCACCCCCACACUUUCUUCACUGCCCCUCUCGUCUUCCCGCCUCGGGCUCAGCCGUCGUCCUCUUCCAGCACCACUGCCUUGUGUUGGGAGCCGCCCUGGAGGCUCAUGCGAGCUUUCUCAGAGUUUGCCUCUUGGGUCGAGUAUGGGAACGCAUAUUUUAAAGCAAAGGGCAAUAUUGCAAAGUCAGCGGCUGCCCUGCAUGCCCCCCUUUCUCCUCACUUUCUUGUGUGUGUGUAUGUGUGGUUUUU